AUGGACAACGAAUCAACUAAUAGAUUUAUCCCAGAGUACCGUCGUACCAACUUCAAGAACAAAGGAAGAUUCCAGAGUGAUGAAUUAAGAAGAAGAAGAGAAAACCACCAGGUGGACUUGAGAAAGCAAAAGAGAGAAGAAGUGUUGUCCAAGAGAAGAAACUUCACCGAUAACGCCAACGACAGCGAAGACGAAGACGACGAGUUCGGCCAGCAGAACAAUGACGAGAGCCAGUUCUACAGCAAGUUGCAGCAAGACUUACCCAAGAUGAUUGAACAGAUCCAGCAAAACGAUUUCGACAGCCAGUUGAAUGCCACCGUCAAGUUUAGACAGAUCUUGAGUCGUGAACACAACCCGCCAAUUGACUUGGUGAUCCAGUCGGGGGUGAUUCCCACCUUGGUGGAGUACAUGAAGGAGUCCCACCCUCAGAUGUUACAGUUGGAAGCCGCCUGGGCCUUGACCAACAUUGCUUCCGGAAACAGUGACCAAACCAGAGUGGUUGUCGAGGCUAACGCCGUUCCAUUAUUCGUCGAAUUACUCUACUCCAACUCGUUCGAGGUCAAGGAACAAGCCAUCUGGGCCUUGGGUAACGUUGCUGGUGACUCGGCCGACUAUAGAGACUACGUGUUGGCAUGUGGUGCCAUGGGCCCCGUGUUGAACUUGUUCAAUAGCACCAAGAUGUCCUUGAUCAGAACCGCCACCUGGACGUUGUCCAACUUGUGCAGAGGUAAGAACCCUCAGCCAGACUGGAACAUUGUCCAACAAGCCAUCCCAAUCCUUGCUAAGUUGAUCUAUUCCAUUGAUCCAGAAACCUUGGUUGACGCCUGUUGGGCUGUGUCUUACUUGUCUGACGGCACCAGUCAAGCCAUCCAGGCCGUUGUUGAUGCUAGAAUCCCUGCUCGUCUUGUUGAGUUGUUGGGCCACGACUCCACCUUGGUCCAAACUCCUGCUUUGAGAGCCAUUGGUAACAUCGUUACCGGUACCGACUUACAAACCCAGCUCGUCAUAAAUGCGGGUGUCUUGCCUGCUUUGGCCCCAUUGUUGCACUCUCCUAAGGAAACCAUCCGUAAAGAAACCUGUUGGACCAUCUCCAACAUCACUGCUGGUAAUGUCGACCAAAUCCAAGCCGUUAUCGAUGCCAACUUGAUUCCUUUGGUCAUUAAGUUGUUAGCCACCGGUGAUUACAAGACUAAGAAGGAAGCUUGUUGGGCUAUUUCCAACGCCUCUUCGGGAGGAUUGGCCAGACCAGAACAAAUCCGCUACUUGGUCUCCCAAGGCUGUAUCAAGCCAUUAUGUGACUUGUUGGCUGUCGCAGAUACAAAGAUCAUCGAGGUCACUUUGGACUCUUUGGAAAACAUUUUGAACAUGGGUGAAUUGGACAAGGACGCUCAAGGUAGCUCCAUCAAUCAAAAUGCAUUAUACAUCGAAGAAGCCGGUGGUAUGGAUAAGAUCUUCGAGUGCCAGAGCAACAGCAAUGAAAAGAUUUACCAGAAGGCCUACAAUAUCAUUGCCAAGUACUUCUCGGAAGACGACGAACAACUCGAUGACGAUGUCAUUGCUCCACAAACUUACGGUGAUGCUUACGGAUUCGGAGUCAACCCAAGUCAACAACAGAACUUCGACUUCUAA